AACAAAAUAACUUUUUGAAGAAGCAGGUUUCAGUGUCUUAUAAUAAUAUCAGAGUAAAAACAAAACCACAUUCAACUCUAAAGGCGCAGGGCUCCAAAAUGUCUCCUCUUCUCAUCCUCAUCUUCAUUGCCUCAACCAUAACAUUCAGUAGUAAUUAUUCUUCAGUGGCUACAACUCUACCUGACACUGUCCAUCGUAACAACAAGAACCUCUUCUCAGUCUCAGGUGAGCUUAAUUGCAAAUUCAGACAAGCACAACAACAAAGGUUCAGAAAGGAGACAAAAGGUCAUCACAGAGAAUUUCAAGUUUUGUGUCCUUUCUCUGAGGUGAGAUGUGCAAAGACUCGACGGAUUCUGAAACAUAUUAGGCAAGCAAGAAGAAGAGAUCAUCGACACAAACAGAAGACAUCACCAAGACACCUACCAAACAACGCAAACACAAACAAGAACCCAAUAGACAAGAAGUUCUUUUUCCCACCUCCAUUGUUUUUCCCUCCAAACCCAUUUGCACCACCGUCGAUUUUUCCCCCUAACCCAUUUGCACCGCCACCUUCCAUUUUUCCACCAAACCCGUUUGCACCACCACCUUCAAUUUUCCCACCCAACCCAUUUCAGCCGCCGCCACCUUCGAUAUUCCCUCCAAACCCGUUUCAGCCUCCUCGUGCUCCACCUCCAUCAAUAUUCCCUCCAUUAUUUCCACAGCCUCCUCCUGCUCCUCCUCCAUCGAUAUUUCCUCCAUUAUUUCCUCAGCCUCCUCCUCCCGCUCCUCCUCCAUCAAUAUUCCCUCCAAACCCAUUUCAGCCUCGUCCACCUCAGCCUCCUCCCACUCCUCCUCCAUCGUUAUUCCCUCCAUUAUUUCCUAAGCCUCCUCCACCCCCAGCUCUUCCUCCUCCAUCAAUAUUCCCUCCAAAUCCAUUUCAGCCUCGUCCUCCUCUUCCAACUCCUCCUCCUCCGCCAUGGUCUAUCUUUCCUCCACUGCCACCGAUCUUUCCAGGCUUAAAUCCACCACCGCCACCUCCCCCUCCCCCUCCUCCACCUCCAUCAAUCUUUCCAUUUCCUCCAUUCCCGUUCUUCCCACCACCACGCAACCCUGGCCCUCCUCCUGCUUCAUCUUCUUCAGCAAACAAGCAGCCUCCUUAAUACGAACAAGAGUAUCAUAAUAUAUAUACCAAACAUUUACAUAUCUGUUGUUGUAUAUGACAGUCAUAUAUUUACAUAAGGGUAAAAAAUAAAAUAUGAGUUUUCAACUUC